AUGACUAAUUUAAGACCGCUGGUGCCGGAACUGGCAGCAAAAGCACGCGACGAGCUGAACGAAGUUCCCAACCGCAUCCCGGUCGACUUGGUGACGCUGAAAGCAUGGUUGCUUAAGCAACCGCACCUUAACUCACGCACGGACGAUCAGUUUUUGGUGAAUUUCCUGCGUGGAUGCAAGUACAGCUUGGAAAAGACGAAAGAAAAGCUGGACAACUACUACACGGUGAAGACAGCCAUACCGGAGUUUUUCGACAAUCGUGAUCCCGCCAAUGAGUCGCUGCAGAACUACAUGUCCUUCGGUGUCAAUCUUCCCCUUCCCCAUACACUCGAGAGUGACGGGCCACGGUUCAUGCUGGUGCGCAUGGGUGCGUACGAUGCCAGCAAGUAUUCGAUCGUGGACGUCAUGAAGGUGUGCUAUAUGAUCACCGAUCUGUUGCUGGUAGAUGACGACUCCUCCAUCAUCGCCGGUCACAUGGUGUUGGUCGAUUUAAGGGGUCUCACGUUCGCCACACUAUCACAGUUCAGUCCCACGUUCAUCAAGAAAAUGACUUCCGUCAUUGAAGCCUUCCCGAUACGCACCAAAGGCAUACACUUCAUCAACCCGUCCUCCGGGUUUGACGCUCUCUUCAAACUGUUUCAUGGAUUUUUAAGCAAAAAGAUUCAAGAGCGCAUACAGGUGCACGAGUCGUUCGAAGCCCUUCACAAGGUGGUGCCCAAGAAAUAUUUGCCAGAGGAGUACGGCGGUAGCGGUGGGCGGUUAAAUGAUAUCAUUGAGGAUUGGCGCAAAACUUUGGUUGCCAAUCGUACAUUUUUCGCGGAAGAUGCCAAAUACCGGAACGAUGAGCGAAAGCGGCCAGGCAAACCGAAAAAUGCCAGCACACUGUUCGGUGUGGAUGGAUCGUUCCGUACGCUAGAGUUUGAUUAG